AUGUCCUUGACAGGUAACCUGACAGGUAACGGCACUGACAUAUUUGCUCCUCCUAAAUGCCCUACUCCCUUGCUAGAGGAAUCUAAAUUUUCAAACUCUUCAGGAUAUAUACCGGGCCGAUACUGUGGAGUUGGUGCUAAUGAAGAUGGCACGGUUUGCUGCUUUCCCUGUCCUAUCCAGGACUGGGUAUACCCUGCAGACUGGAAAACCCAACUGAAGGUUCCGAACUACCUUAGCAUUCUCUCUCUCGUCGUAUGUCUCUUCCUGCUCUUGUCUUUCGCGCUUUUACCUCCAGAAAAGACCCAUAGACAUUAUCUCAGCGUCGGGCUUCUAUUCCCGGUGUUGUUCAUAUCUCUAUCCUUUGUGAUUCCAGCUGGACACGAUCCACCCUUGUGUUACGACGACAUCACCCCCAACGACAUGCACUCAAGCCUUUCUUGUGCCUGGACAGGAGCAUUUGUAGCUAUUGGAGGCCUCGGAUCGGUGAUAUGGGUCUUCCUCCGCAGUCUCUGGCUGCAUAUCCGUAUAUUCUGGGACCGAGAUCCCGGCCAGAAAUUCAAAUGGGGCUCCAUUGCAGCCGGCAUCUUCCUUCCCGCCGUCUUCCUGACUGCUCUCCUGGCCGCAACAGGCGUAAGCUAUCGCAUGGGUCUAACCUGCCUCCCUAACCACCCAAACGCCAUCGCUAGUUUCUGGGUCUGGCUCGUAGGCUUCGCUAUAGCAGGCUUCAUCCUGCAGACCCUCACCACCGGCUAUUGUAUCUGGAUUUUCGUUCGAGCCAGGAGACGUGAGCGCGAGAGAAUUUCCCAAGGUUCACUACGCCGCAACAGUGCGAACGAGAAGGUGGAGACAUGGCGACAUGUUAAGACACUGUUCUUGCUGCAAUGGCGUAAUAUUCUCGUCAGCGUCUUUGUCAUCAUCGGCUCCAUCUCCUUCUUCAUCGUCUUCUGGAGCCAGGACGAGAAGCUCGGAGCAGUGUUCAACGACCCCGCGAACAUCAUGCCGGUCAGGAUCUGGAUCACCUGCUUGAUACUGAGCGAAGGAGACAAAGAGCAAUGUCUUGAAUAUGUGCAUGGCUUUACAGUCAACAGACAAACCGUACUUGCAUCUUUGAUCCUAGCUUCUCUCGUCGGCAUCGAAAUCUUCAUCCUCCUCGCCCGCGUCUCCAUGUUCAGCGCCUGGCGCGACCUCUUCGCGCGCCCCUUCCCCCGCCUCCGCCGCCGUCCCGCCUCGCCCCUCCUCACCUCCCUCGAAGGCCAGCCCCUGAAAGCCUCCCCCCUCGCUUCCACCUUCCCGGACUCCGACGCCUCCCCGGCCGGCUCAGCGCGCGCCUCCACAGCCAUCAACCGCACCGUCUCGACUAAAUCCCGCUUCCACCUCGGCAUCCUCCGACCCAACCGCCAGCGCAAGGCCCCAGACGCACAGGCACACGCCCCGCCAGAGAUCCUCCCAAGCCCGCCCACGACCCCCGCGGCGCCGCCCGCAAGCCCCAGCUGUAUCCCCACACACCCACCGCCGCCGGGCACGGCGUACACGACGCAUAACCGCGUCGCGACGCCCAUCGAUCGCGCUACCACCGCUUCGCCGUCGUCGGCGUACUCCAACCGGCCUGACCAACCAGUGGCUGCGCAGAAUGGGGGGUUGCAGAUCUCGGCGCCAACACCGGGGAGCUUCGCGCAUGUUGCGACGGGGUUCCCGUCGCAGCGGAUUGAGCAGGUGAGGGGUGUGACGCCGCCGAGCCCGACGAGGUUGGGGAGGGGGAGGAGCGUGAGGAAUGCGGGGGAUUUGCCGGAGUGGGCGAGGGAGAGGGAGGAGAGGAGGGAGAGGGAGGAGAGGAAGAGGGAGAGUGGGGUGGAGCAGGGCGGGGAAGGGGGGAUUGUGGGGAGGGGUGGGUUGGGGAUGAAUCCGUUGCGGUAG